AGCGCCCGGCCGAUAAAUGUUCACUCUUAAGCACAUACUUUCUGGAUAGCGAGAGGACCUUAUCCAUGCCAAAGUGCAAGAUUCCAACCAGGACCAUUGAGUCUGGCAGAUAGCCCUUAUAUGGACAUUCAGUAGUUUACUCUGUCCCACUGGCACAGCCACUAAUUAGGAACUGGUGAUUAAACCUUGUGGUCUUAAAACAGCUGGCCGUCUUUUCUCACUGGAGCCCCCUUGUGGUUGGGGUGUGUGUGGAUGCUGAGCUAUUCUAGAAGGGAGCAAAAAGGUGGAGUGCUGUGGUUGGUUUUCUGUGUGUGCAGAGAAAUAACAGCUGUACACACACUUCAUGUAUAUAUGUGUACAUAUGCAUACACAUGAACCUCCAUAUGUGUACACAGGUUUCCGGUGGGUAGGAAGCUACUGAUGCUUCCUAAAGAGUCCUGCAGAACUGGUGGGAAAAGAGGAACCAGUGGUAGAAAUCCCCUCUGAUGUAUCAGGAUAUCCGAAUAUCCUCAGGGAGAUCUCUGUGGCCAUGCAGAUCAUUAGAAGUAAUCAGGAUCCCUGCUGCUAUCACCUGUUCUUGCCCUGACAAUGCAAAUUCAUCUACCAGGAAUUGAAAGUAAGGCUAAGGUUCUUUAGAAGUCUCAUAAGUAGAGAGGUGCCAUUCGGGGGCAUUGAAAUGCUGGUAUGGGAGAGGAGGUAUGCAAUCGAUUCAAAUGACUUCUUGAUUCCUUGGUGUAAAAACUGCUAACUGGUAGGUGUUUGGAAUAUUGGAUUUGGUUGGGAGCUCAUCUGUCUACUGACAGCUACUUGUCUUCAUUUCUAUCCCAGGGACGAUGGAAAAGAGGCACUCAAAUUCUACACAGACCCUUCAUACUUCUUUGAUCUUUGGAAGGAGAAGAUGCUGCAGGACACCAAGGAUAUCAUGAAAGAGAAGAGAAAGCAUAGGAAAGAAAAGAAAGAUAAUCCAAAUCGAGGGAAUGUAAACCCACGUAAAAUCAAGACACGUAAGGAAGAGUGGGAGAAAAUGAAGAUGGGACAAGAAUUUGUGGAGUCCAAAGAAAAGCUGGGGCCUUCUGGGUAUCCACCCACCUUGGUGUACCAGAAUGGCAGCAUUGGCUGUGUUGAAAACGUGGAUGCAAGUAGCUAUCCGCCACCACCACAGUCAGACUCUGCUUCUUCACCUUCUCCUUCCUUCUCCGAGGACAACUUGCCUCCUCCACCAGCAGAAUUCAGUUACCCACCGGACAACCAAAGAGGAUCUGGUUUGGCUGGACCCAAAAGAUCCAGUGUGGUCAGCCCAAGCCAUCCACCACCAGCUCCUCCUCUAGGCUCUCCACCAGGCCCUAAACCUGGGUUUGCUCCACCACCUGCCCCUCCGCCACCUCCGCCUCCAAUGAUAGGCAUCCCAUCUCCACCACCACCUGUAGGAUUUGUGUCUCCAGGGACACCUCCACCACCCUCACCCCCAUCUUUCCCACCUCACCCUGAUUUUGCUGCCCCUCCACCUCCUCCUCCACCACCAGCAACUGACUACCCAACUCUGCCACCACCUCCCUUGUCCCAGCCAACAGGAGGAGCACCUCCUCCUCCCCCUCCUCCUCCUCCUCCGGGGCCCCCUCCUCCCCCUUUCACUGGUGCAGAUGGCCAGCCUGCUGUACCACCACUGCUUUCUGAUACCACCAAGCCCAAGUCCUCCUUGCCUGCCGUGAGUGAUGCCCGUAGCGACCUGCUUUCAGCCAUCCGUCAAGGUUUUCAGCUGCGCAGGGUUGAGGAGCAGCGGGAACAAGAGAAGCGGGAUGUUGUGGGCAAUGACGUGGCCACCAUCUUGUCUCGUCGCAUUGCUGUUGAGUACAGUGACUCAGAAGAUGAUUCCUCUGAAUUUGAUGAGGACGACUGGUCGGAUUAACUCUUUCUGCCUGCUGUCCACCUUCUUUUUCUUUCCUUCCUACCUGCCUUCUUUGAUGCCAACCCCAACAGAUCCGUAGGGGAGAAAGGGGAGGAAAAAAGUAAUUUUAAGGGGCCAAAGCUUUCCCUGAAGCAACCAAAGAUAUAUCCAAGUGCUUCCUCCAAAUCAACAUGUAUUUCCUCUCCCCAUUGUCAGGCCCUGAGAGGCUCCUGAGGUUCAGUAGCUGGGAUGUUCCCUCUUUCCUUCAAGUGCCUGUUGCAUAUUGAAAGGAAGGAGAAAUCCCAAAGCAGAUUCCUUUGAUCGGGUUUCUGUUGGAGAUGGGGCCUUCCCUUAGGAGCCAUAUUCAACUGCAGUCUUCUAAAACGCGUGUCCUCAGCCACUUCAAAUAAUGCCAGCCACUUUCUGGUUCUACAGCAGAGGGAGUGGCCUGAAUGGACACAGCUGGCCCCUUUCCUGUGCCCUGAAAGGGCAGAGUAGGCUGAAGGCUCCAACGGCCAGACUGCCUCACCCUUUGCCCUAAUCAGCAGGGUGGGCCUGCCUUGUGCUAAACGAUCUCUUAUGCCUGGGAUGCCCUUUAUUCCAGAAGGCAUCAAGCCUCUAAAGAAUGUCUCACCUCCUCUGCCCAAAAAUGAUGCCUUUCUGUAGGCUGGAGUUGUUGCCUCCCUCCCAGGAUCCCUUUGGUGAGUAUGGUGUUCAGGAUGCACCACCACCACCUCUAGAUGCCUUCAGGCAACACAGCCCAGUUUUAACCUCUAGUAUCCAUGACCAAACUGUCCCUGACACAUGAGAACAGGGGCCUCUUCUGGCUGUCAGGAGCAAAGCCUGAAGACUUGGAGCUGCAGGACUGGAAGAACAGUGGAGCCCCAUGGGUCCCACCCUUUAAGGAUGCUGAGGCCUAGAGAUGGGAAGUGACUUGCUCAAGGUCACACAAUUGGAUAGUGACAUAGCUAGAGCCCAGAGUUCCUGAUUCCAAGUCACCUGUGCUUUCUGGGACCAAAGAAUGGGCACCUACUGGAGUCUGGGCAGAGCUUUCUCGGCUGUAUUGCUACUCCAGACCUCACCGUAGGUUGGGGUCCCAGUAGGAGGGCUCAGGGUCUGUGCCAGCCCUGUCAGUGCUGCUCAAACCUUCAUAGCCUCUCUUGUCAUUCUUUGUUGCCCCUUUUCUGUCACCAACGAACCACAUAGCCUUGGGACCAGCCCUUUUGGGGGACCAGAAGUAGUGAGAGAAGGAAGGGGAUAGGCAGCUGUGACAGGUGCUGUUUUCAAUUCCUCUGCAACUCCUCCCCCUUUUAUUUCCCCAAUUUAAACAAAGAUUCUGCCAACUGUGGAAACUUCAGUUCCUCAGGCUGGCAGCCGUGCCGGUACCUGCCUUGGGGGGCCUGGCAGCCGUGAAGUAGGCUGAAAGGCAGAGGGGCUCCAGGUCCUGUUUCCAGCUCCCCUCACUGCACAUGGUGAAGCUCCCUCCCUCCCUCCCUGCUUUUCCCAGAGCUAAUACACAGGUGCUGUUAUUCAGGAAAAAACUGGUCAGCUCUAGCCAACAGUGAGGCUUCUUCUCUCUGCCCUAACUAUUGUGUAGCCUCUUAUGCUGAAAUCGACUUCUGCUGGCUUCUCCGGCUUUCAGAGCCCUGAAACAAAGAGAAACAGGAUCUGUCCCUAGCCAGCACAGCAAAUAGUCGUAGUAAUUGCCAAAGCCCUCGUAAAGCCCUCCGGCUUGAGGAGAGAGUGUAGUCAUGGGUUCUGCUUCUGUGCCCUUGCUGGCCGCUUCCCCUCUGCUUUCUUUCCUGGAGCUCAGGGUGUGGGGACUGAGCCUGUAGGGGCCAGGAUGCACUCUUGCCGUGGCCACUCCCAAGUGUGCCCUCUUCCCUCUCUCCAGAUCAGGUGUCUCUGGCACAGGACUUGACACCAAGCUCCACACUGAGACACCAGGCUAUGUGGACCCCCACCUUGUUUCCCAGCCUGCACCUUAGAAGCCGAAGGCGCUUUCAUCAGAACCCUAAAAUGGCCGUUGAAGGCGUCUGGGCCGCAGCCCAGCAGUAGCUAGAGAGGCAGGCAGAGGGCAGUGGUUCUCCCAAAUAGGAGACCUGGGGCCUGGCCAGGCCAGGGUUUGGGCCUAAUGGCUUUGACUGAAUUACCCCCAUCCUCCUCCUUUCCGGAAAAGGGAGAGCUAGAGCCACUCACUGUCAUUCUGCUCUGACCUUGAAGGGGGCGGUGUUGGCCUGCCUUCUGGAAUGGACUGAGUCCAUCGUGGAAAGGACUGGGGGCAAGAGGAGGUGGGGAGGGGCGCUGCCUGCGGAAGGUAGGAUUAGAUCAUUAGCUCAGUGACCUCCUAGGGUUUCGAUGUGCUGUGUUCUCAUCCUACAGCCGGUUUGGUAAUGAUCUGCAAGUCCCGGAGAGCAACAGCACAGCUCUGCCUGACGCUCUCAUUAAAAUCUAUGCAGCCAAGCUCGGCACUUUGUAGCAGCCGGCCUUACGAAGCCUCCUCAACUCGGGGGGCCGGGGACCCAGUGAGCUGAGAGGCCCUCUGGGCUCCACUUAUGCAUAUGCACCAAAAAAAAAAAAAAAAAUGGCUUCUUUAGACCCAGAGCCCUUUAAGAUGAUAAAGGACGCAAUGCAGGUAAUCCUGUUUUUGGACUCACGUAACAUAGAAUGCAAAGUUUAGUGAUUACUUAAUCUGGGCCUAAGCUAGUGAGAAUAUGGAACAAUGGACCAUAAGAACUCCUAAGCUCUGAAGCCAAGGAGCCUCCUCCCUUCCUGGUUCACCCCGCCCAGGGGACCUGCCCCCAUUCCUGUGGCCCUGGGGCCCAGCUUCCAAUAGUGUCAGAAGCGACUUGUGGCUUUGCCUUGGUUGUGAGAUGGGUACAUUCCAAAGGAGCAGCUCGGGGGAGGAGGCAGGCUCAGCCAGCCCUUGGAGGCUCAGAGCAGCUGGCCCAGGCUCCAGCUCGCCUCUAGUGGAAGCUCAGAGCGCCCUCAGAAACGACCCUGGCCAAUGUCACUGCAUAGCCGAGGCAGUGUUGUCAGGGCUAAUGUGGAAUCUCUUCCCGUGGCGCCGAUCCUCGACUCUGCAGCGCCAGCUUGGACAGAUUGAGGUCUCUGUGGUUUUGGUGACCCUGCUUAAGCAUUCCCACCGUGUCCCAGCUCUGCUCUAGGACUACCUCCCACUGUGGCCCCUCACCUGACCUCAGGGCAUGGGGAGGGAGGGAGCCAGUGCUCCAGGGCCACGGGGCUUUGCUCAUGAGAGAUGUCAGGCUUCCUGGAGACAUCAGGCUUUGAGCCCUGCUGGGGUCCAGCUGACCUGGGACCAGGUGCCGUGCAGAGCGAUGUGCCUCACUGUGUGCCUCCUGCCAUGUUCACUUUAACCGUGCCUCAGUGUGGGUUAGGGAACAAUUUUGUUAUUGUAUUAAGUUUAUUCAGUUAAUUCACUUGAGGAACUAACCAAGUUUUACUUUCUGUCUAGAAUGAUGUACAUGUAGUAGAGUAAGCCAUAAUGUUCCCAAAGUGCCUUGUUUUCUCUGAUACAAACAUAUUUAUAAGGACGUAUUCCAGUGGGUUCUUGGGUGUGUUUGCCACAUCAAGAUUUUAGGGAAUGGGUGUAUGUGUAGUAGCGAUGCUGUUUGAAAACAGGCCCUCUUCCCUUGAGGAUGGGAAAGGAGCUCUUCAGUUGGAGAUCUGGGCAGUGGGUUAAGCCAGACCCCUAAAGUGACCCUUUCCUAUUCUGCCCUGUUCUUCUCAGACCCUCAGAAAGACAUCCAAUUUUUUUUAAAGCCCUGUAGCUCCAAGCCUGGUCUUACUUGCUUCCCUGCCAGGCUCAUCGUGGGUAUACCACAUUUGUGCCCAUUGACCUGAAGGUUCCAUGUAACUGUAUACACAUGAAUACUUAAAUGCCAGCAUUUUAAAUAAUUUGAUAAAGUCUUUAUAGCCACUCAGCCA